GCCUGAUAUCUGUCUUCUGCUUAUUCACAACCGAGGAAAGACAUCUUUAAAGACGACGUUCUUCUUCAAUAGAGACGAGAGGAGCAGCUAUGAGUUUCACUGCAGCAGCGAGUGGAUUAGCUGUCUUCCUUCUCUCUGUGUCAGUGAUACAGGGUCAGGAUGAUGGCUGGGGAGUGACUUACACUUCUACUGAGAUCUGUGCCUUAAAAGGAUCAACAGUGAACAUACGCUGCAGCUACACAUACCCAUCCAGAAUAAAUGACUAUGAUACUAGAGUUCAGAAAACAUUCUGGUUUACUAAAGAUUAUGUGGAUCUGAAAACGGACCGGGCGUAUUCACGUCGUGUGCAGCAUCGCUGUGAAAACAACGACUGCUCUCUGAGAAUCACAGACCUGAGAGAGAGCGACUCAGCUGAGUACAAGUUCAGGUUCAUAACAAACCAACCAGGUGGGAGUUAUUUUGGUUCACCUGGAGUCUCUCUGUCUGUCACAGAUCUCCAGGUGAAGGUGAGCAGAUCAGAUAUUCACGAAUCUAAUAGCAGGACAGAGCUGAAGUGUCAGAGCAGCUGUCGUCAUCCUGUCAACUAUGUCUGGUACAAGAAUGGACAGAAAAUUAGGGGACAAACGUCUGCUUCUUAUUCAGGCUACCAUAAUCUUGCAGACAUCUUUUCUUGUGCUGUAAGAGGAUCUGAGGCCUUCCCCUCUCCUUCAGUGUAUGCUCCAAAGCGUCCCUCAGUGUCGGUGAGUCCCUCUGGUGAGAUAGUGGAGGGCGGUUCAGUGACUCUGACCUGUAGCAGUGAUGCUAAUCCAGCAGCUAGAUACACCUGGUACAAGGAUGGAAAUCAAGACCUUCAUCUUGUCAGUAAAGAACCACAGCUUGUCUUCAGCCCCAUCCAGUCCUCUGACUCUGGACGGUAUUACUGCUUAGCUGAGAACAAGCUGAGGUACACAUGGUCAGCAUACAUCUCUAUUACAGUGAAAUAUCCUCCAAAGCGUCCCUCAGUGUCAGUGAGUCCCUCUGGUGAGAUAGUGGAGGGCAGUUCAGUGACUCUGACCUGUAGCAGUGAUGCUAACCCAGUAGCUAAAUACACCUGGUGCAAGGAGGAUGGAUAUCAAGGUCUUCGUCUUGUCAGUAAAGAACCACAGCUCGUCUUCAGCUCCAUCCGGUCCUCUGACUCUGGACAGUAUUACUGUACAGCUGAGAACAGGCUGAGGAAGAGGACAAAAUCUAAAUACAUCUUUAUUGAUGUGAAAUAUGCUCCAAAGCGUCCCUCAGUGUCAGUGAGUCCCUCUGGUGAGAUAGUGGAGGGCAGUUCAGUGAAUCUGACCUGUAGCAGUGAUGCUAACCCAGCAGCUAGAUACACCUGGUACAAGGAGAAUGAAGACUCACCAGAAGCAUCAGGACAGAUCUUCACCAUCACUGACUUCAGAGCUGAACACAGUGGGGAUUAUUACUGUGAAGCCCAGAACAACAGAGGACGUCAUAACUCCACCUUACAUCUGAUUAUUGUAGCAGAUCACUAUUCAUCAGGAGCAUUAGCAGCUGCUGGAACAAUCCCUGUUGUUCUCCUGGCUGUCAUAUCCCUCUCUGUCUUCCUGUGGAUCAGAAAAAAGAGGGCUGAUCAGGGACAGCUGGAGGAGCAGGGUGACCUUCAGUAUGCCAGCGUCCAGUUCUCCAACGAGCAGACAGAUCCUCUCUACUCCAACAUCAGACCAGCUCAGCACCUCAGACUCACGGAGCGACAGGAAGUCGUUGAGUACGCUGCUGUCAGGUUCAACGGUGCCAGUACUGCCCUGAGAACCAGAGGUCAGGACACUGGAGAGGAUCCAGCUGCAUUGUACAGCACCGUCAACAAACUCUGAUGAUCACAGGAGGCGUUGCAUUUGAUAAAGCGUUGGUAUGAAAGUAAUUUCACUGUAAAGACACCGACUCCCUGUUAACUUUAAAUCAGAGUGCAUGAUGGGAUCACAGAGAGGCAGAGCUCAAAGUUUAAACUGUGACCUGGAAAAGCUGGAAGAUUUCUAUAUGAUAACAGAUUAUUUAGCUGCUUUGCUGUCGGAGGGGAACAUGUGUUUGCUGAUCUAGUUGUAGUUCCCAACUGUUUUACUGAUUACAAUGUGCAUUUCUGUAUAUUAUAUCUCCACCACGCUCUUCUUCUUCCCUUUUUUUUUUACCAGUCCCAUCACAACUGGUUCAGAUACCAAUCAUCAGAACUCUUGCUCAUUACAGUCAUUACAUUACUGUCUUUUUAUACAUAUAAUCACACAACUAACAUGUUUUUGUUCUGUAUUUGUUUGUACUUUCACCACCAUGUA